AUGCAGAGCGUGAUUGUAUGAUUAUGCUUAUUUGGCGUAUUUGACAAUUACGUAAUGAUCUUACUCAUGAUAAAGAGGUUCCCCCGUUGGCAACUACGGUUGAUUUUUUGGACAGUUAUAUGAAGUCUAUUCGAGAUGCUAAAAGGUUCAGUACAGAGGAAAUAAUUAAAGGUAAAAUGCCGGUUGCUGAUUGGGCUUUGCCUGAAGUGAGACCUGCCCCUAGUCCUAAACCUUGGCCUCCUCCGUCUACUGAGUAUGUUGCUUUAUCAGUUGAUGGUUCUUUCUCAGUGGAAUCUGGCGCGGCGGCGGCAGGAAUGAUUCUUAGACGACAUGACGGUUCACUUAUUUUUGCAACAUAUCGUUAUUUUCAAUUGCAACGAUUCUCUGGAAGCUGAGAUUCAUGCAAUCAUGGAAGCUGAGAUUCAUGCAAUCAUGCAAGGGAUGGCGCUAGCUAUACAACAUUCCACUCUUCCGGUCAUCGUUCAAUCUGACUCAAGUGAGGCGUUGUUAUGUCUAUCAGGGAACGGACUUCUUCGUUCUGCCUAUGGUCAUCUUCUGGCUGAAAUUAAGGAGUUGAUGAGACAUAGGGAGUUUAUUCCUCAGAAGUUGAACAGGGAUCAAAACAGAGUUGCCGAUCGUUUGGCAAAUUAUAGUCGUAUAGAGUGUACCACGGCUGUGUGGAUGCAUGUAGGACCACCAUGUAUUGAGGAUCUUUUACCUCUCGACUGUAACUCUCUCAAUAUGGAAUAAAACUCCUUUUCCCUUGCAAAAAAAAGGAAUUAAUCAUUCUUAUUUUCUGGGCCAUAUGGUCAUGUCCAAGAAAAUUAAAUAUUAACUGAGAAGAUCGCAUUUCAAAUACUACAAGUCAACACAACACACAUCAGAGACAUCAGCGCCAGCUUGAAAAUGUGACAUGCCACUUUUUCACAGGCAAAAUGCAAGAAGCAGAAAUCACCAUGCGAGAUGUACAUGUGUUCAUGUGUCCAAGAGACGAGAAAUGCAAGAAGCAGGAGUCACCAUGUGAGAUGCCGAAGCCAAAAUCAAACAGACCAUGUGCUAGACCAGCACAAGCUUUCGACUCGAUGUUCAGAAAGAAUAGAUUGCUGGAAGCAUCAACAAUUGCAUGUCUCCAUCUCAAGGGCCGCCCUAUAUACUUAAAAUUAUUAUUAGGAAUUUAGGAUAUCAUUACCACCCAGAAGAUCAAUUGGUAUCUCAUUGCGCAAUCACACACGGAAAUGGGCCCACUUCCAGGUCAUGUAAGUCUAUUCUUGGCCACUACUUGAAACAAGUCAGUAUGCCAGCAAUUAGUUUCCAACAAGUGGCAAACUCAUGUCCCUAGAGGAAUCAAAUCAAGAUCACAUUGCUCGCCCCCUGCACUCUUGCAGCAUUGCAUGUUCCGAGUUCAUCAUGUCUCUGUCCCUUGCCAACUUGUCAUGAUAUUGAUAGAUACAACGGCACAUCAUGAUGCUUCUCUCCCCUCUCACCUAUAAAUCUAUCAGCUUACCACCACCAUCUCAUUAUCACUUCAUCCACAAACCAACCACUACAGCACCUGUUACAAAAGUUUCUCUGAACUAUUAGCCAAGAAACAAGGAGAAUCAGCCAUGGUCAGUGCCAAGAGGCUUGCCCAACUAGCAAACAAGUGGCAGAGAAUGGCGGCCAUGGGGAGGAAGAGGAUCACCCAGAAUGCAAUGGCAAAAAGAGCAGCCGAGGAGUGCCGGCCGAUGACCCCAGUAGCAGUGAAGGGACACUGCACGGUAUACACCGCUGAUGGGAGCCGGUUCGAGGUGCCACUGGCAUUCCUCAGCACGACAGUCUUCAGCGAGCUCCUGAGGAUGUCUCAGGAGGAGUUUGGAUUCUCAGGCAGCAACGAUGGCCGGAUCACGCUGCCCUGUGACGCUGUGGUCAUGGAGUACGCCAUGCGCUUGCUCCGGAGAGAUGCCUCCGCCGAAGUAGUGAUGGCGUUCCUGAGCUCCAUCGCGAGGCCGUGCUGUUUUGACGGCAGUGUGGCGGCGCCAUGCAUAGGGCUUAGCCAGUAUGUAGCUGUUUGUUAGCUUCUGAAGAAUGGCAGGUAGCUAGGAUCCUUAUCCUAGGCACCAUUUUUGCUCAACAGAAGAUGUAAAUAUGAUGCUAGUAGAUUGGAAAUGGAAAACUAAUUUCAUGAAAUUUGCAAGCUUUCUGAUCAGGCUAAGUGUUCAACUGUUUGUCUCAGACUCAGUACGUAACUGGCAAAGCUUCAGUAACACAGCUAUAUUUGUGUUUUAACAAACCGAGUCAAGGCAUACACUUUAAAACUACAACCAAUAUGCGCUCAUAUUUUAGAAACCAUAAAACUAAUGAGUCCUGCACAUGUUUUCCUUGAAGAAUGACAUAGGAGCUUUGCCUAUCAUUGAACACGAAAACAGAGGGUAUAGAUUCAAGUAUGCAUACCACAUGAGUUUAACAAAUGUUACCUGCCUAGAAUUAGAUGAAAGAAAACUUCCAUUAAACUGCUGAAUAACUAAUGG